CAACGAGCAUGUGGUGGUGCAUGGCCGUUCUAAGUUGGUAGAGUGAUUUGUCUAGUUAAGGUGAGACAAGCCCUCAAAGAAAUAAAAGAAUGUUAGUAGUAUAAAUAAGUGUGUUCAUUUCUGUUCACCUCCUUAGACAAAACCUAUUACGAUAUGAUCAGCCGAUCGGUCGGAGAGUUGGCAAAAGUCAUAAGCCAUGCUUUGAUAUCAAAAUCCAAACAAACUGUUCCAACUCAAACAUGGACGCCAUUGAUGGAGCAAGCUUUGCACCGUCUUGGAUGUCGCGAGUCACUAAGCCCUACACUGGUCGCCCAUGUAAUCGACCCGCAUCUCCUCCAUCACCACUCCCUUGCUCUGGGCUUCUUUGACUGGUCCUCUCAACAACCAGGCUUUUCUCAUGAUUCCUCUUCCUAUCAGUCAAUUCUCAAGGCUCUUUCCCUUUCUCGCAAAUUCAACGCCAUGGAUAGGGUUUUGAAACAGAGCAAAUCCCAGAAGGUUAACCUUCCGCCGUAUGUUUAUCGCGCUGUCAUUGCCUCUCAGAUCACUAGUAAGAACACCUGCACUGCGUUUUCUACUUUCAAAGAGGUUAGUUCACUAAUAUCCGAUAUUGGACCUCAAACUUGUAAUUCGCUUCUUGCUGCUAUCUCUUCUGAAGGAGAUCUUUUUCGUGCUCGGAACGUGUUCGAUGAAAUGACUAUUAAAGGCAUUCGGUUAAACACGCUUGGGUUUGGUGUGUUUGUGUGGAAAUUUUGUCGCUGUAAUGGAUUAGAAAUGACUUUGAAUGUGCUAGACGAGGUUCGGAGGAUUGAUUUUUCUGGAAUUAACGGGUCUGUUAUUGCAGUUUUAGUUGCUCAUGGGCUAUGUUCUGGGUCUUUCGUCUCAGAGGCUGUUGUGGCUUUGGAUGAGUUGAGGCAAAGAGAUUGUAAACCCGAUUUCAUGGCGUAUAGGAUUGUUGCUGAAGCAUUGCGAGAAAUGGGUAAUGCGGUUGAUGUAGAGUGGGUUUUGAAGAGAAAACGGAAGCUGGGGGUGGCACCAAGAUCCAAUGAUUAUAAAGACUUUAUUCUUACCUUGAUUUCAGAAAGACUAAUAUCUGAAGCAAAAGAGUUGGGUGAAGUAAUCAUGAAAGGGAAUUUCCCAAUGGACGAUGAUCUACUCAAUGCUCUGGUAGGCUCUGUUUCAGCUCUUGACCCUUGUUGCUCCAUGUUAUUCUUCAAUUUCAUGGUUGACAGAGAAGUGAUUCCUACACUUCUUACAUUGAAGAACUUGGGCAGGAACCUUUGCAAGCUUGGCAAAACUGAAAUGCUGGUUGAAGUUUCUCAGAAGUUAUUUGCCAGAGCAUAUUUCACAGAUAAACGGACUUAUAAUUUGAUGCUUACACUUUUGUGUGAGGCCGGUAAAGUAAGAGAGGCUUAUGAGAUACUUGGUGAGAUGAAAAGAAAAGGUUUAGGUCUGGACAUAUCAUCUUACAAUUCUCUUCUAGAAGCUUGCUGCAGAGAAGAUCUACUGCGGCCAGCAAAACGGCUGUGGGAUGAGAUGUUUACAAAUGGCUGCCCUGCCAAUUUAAAGUCCUACAACAUCCUAAUACAGAAAUGUUCAGAAGUUGGUGAAGUUGAAGAGGCUUAUAGGCUAUUUGAGCACAUGUUUGAGAAAAGGGUAGCACCUGAUGCAACAACUUACAAAUCCCUUCUUAAAGGAAUUUGUCAAGCCAAAGAUAUUGCCCUGGCUCUUCAUGUAUUUGAUAUGUCUGUUUCUCAAAGUACUGUCCUUGCUCGGAAUAUUUUGGGUUCAUUUGUCCUCUAUCUUUGUAAGGAAGGUAAUGUGCUUCAUGCUUUGAAGUUACUUCAUAGCCACAUUGAUGAUAUUGCAUUUCUAGACUCCCAUCUCACAGUACUGAAAUUUUUAAGUGAUGCUGGAGAGACUUCAUUGGCUCUUGAACACUUGAAGUUGAUUGGAGACAAGUCUGCUUUCAUGUUGCAAGCUCUUCACAAUGAGAUUUUGUCUCUGUCAAAACCAGAUCCACUUAUGAAGUUGUUUAAGGCAAUGCGGGAAAACAGAGAUGGAUCCUAGGUUAGAAUGUUGAAUGGGUAACUUAUUGAAGUUCAGGCAUUGACAACAACAAUGAACAACCUAGCAGAGGCUAAGUACUAUCAUUGUUGAAGUCCAAGAGGUGCAUAGAUCUGGGGAUGCUGUUUGGUAACUCUCCAAACUCCCACAGAUUCUGAUACUACUUUAUGAACCACAGCCUAAGAAACCAAACAAAGAGACAAGCUUACCAAGUUACUCGUAUUACUUCAUCUUAGUAAGUACUUUGGUACUUCAUCUCAGUAUAAAAAAAUUUAAUUUAUUUCACAUUGCGUUUUACUUUUAUUUUAAUCAAAUUUUAUGUUAUUUUCGUUGUAAAUUGAACCAUACCCUCACGUGAAUCGUUGUGCUGUUUUCAUCCUGGGAACGCAACCAGUCCAAAUAUAUACAAGAUAUAUAAUGUCCCAAUCGACAUAUAAGUAUAUAAAAGAUGAAAAGAAGUGGGAGUCGAGGUUGAAGCAGUGCCGGGCCGUCAAUGGUGAAUAGAUGGUUGUGUGCAGGCUGUAAAGUAGGAAACUGAGACAGGAUGUAAUGAGUGUAAAAGAGAUUUUUGGAGUGUCUUGGCUCCAUGGUUUUGUUUAAAACUCUAGUAUUGUGUGUGUGUGUUUUUUUUUUUUUUUUUUUUUUUUGUUUUUUUUUGUUUUUUUAAAUAAACACUACUCAUAUAUUAAGAAGAGGGGAAAAAGUGUUGAAUA